GCGUCGUCGUCCGUCGCGCUCCCGACCGCGGUCGGCGGCUCCACCGCGGCGACGAUCGCCGCGGACGAGCCCUCCUCCACCGAGCAGCGAUACUUCAGCGGCAUGAACGGCAAGGCGCUGAACGCGCCGCCGCCGUCCGAGUUCCCGACCAUGGCGGACGUCCUCUCGAAGAUACCGAAGCGCUGCUUCGUGAAAGACACGGGCAAGUCGCUCCUGUACGCCGCGGUGUCCACGGCGAUCACGGUCGGGCUCGGGCUCGCCGCGUACGCGUACCUCCCGAUGACGCUCGCGUUCAUUCCCGCGUGGAUCGCGUACGCGUUCGUCGCGGGCACCGCGGCGACGGGGUGCUGGGUCGUCGCGCACGAGUGCGGCCACGGCGCGUUUUCAGAGAACAAAUUCGUGCAAGACGUCGUGGGAUACGUCCUGCACUCCGCGCUGCUCGUGCCGUACUUCUCGUGGCAGCGCUCGCACGCGGUGCACCACUCGCGGACGAACCACGUCAUGGAGGGCGAGACGCACGUCCCGGCGAGGAUCAACACCCCGGACUCGGACGUCGUGUUUAAGCUCCGCGCGUUGCUCGGCGAAGGGCCGUUCACCGCGUUGAACCUCGUCGGCGUCUUCCUCCUGGGGUGGCCAAUCUACCUCCUCACCGGCGCCAGCGGCGGGCCCGUGCGAGGGAAGACGAACCACUUCCUGCCCUUCAUGGGCGAGCAAGGGAAGUUCGCGCUGUUCCCGGGGAAGUGGAAGGCGAAGGUGUGGCAGAGCGACGUCGGCUGCGUCGCCGUCGUCGCCGCGCUCGCCGCGUGGGCGGUCGCCGCCGGAAGCGUCUGGCCCGUCGUCGCGCUCUACGUGGGCCCGUACCUCGUGUGUAACUUCUGGCUCGUUCUGUACACGUGGCUGCAGCACACGGACGUGGACGUCCCGCACUUCGAGGGCGACGACUGGAGCCUUCUGAAGGGGGCGUUCAUGACGAUCGACCGACCGUACGGCGCGGUGUUCGAUUUUUUGCAUCACAAGAUUGGAUCCACGCACGUCGCGCACCACAUCAACCACACGAUUCCGCACUACCACGCGGAGGAGGCGACGAACGCGAUCAAGGAGGCGUACCCGGACUUGUACCUGUACGACGACACGCCGAUCGCGAGCGCGACGUGGAGGGUAGGGAGCAAGUGCAUCGCGGUGUACAAGCGCGGGGACGAGUGGGUGUUCACCGAUCAGCCGUUGCCGGCGACGGCGGCGUGAGAUUCUACUCGAAUCCGCGAGAUUCUGAUUCUGAUUCUUUGACGCGGGGGCGGGCGAGACCGGGACCGGGAGCGGGCGGGUUUACGAACAGCAGCGACAGUAGCAGCGCGUCGGUCGGCGCGAGUCGUAGGUAGAAGUGCCGUGUAUCGCGCGACGACGAUCGACG